UGUAGGGGUGAUGAAGGUUUACGGUGGUGUGUUUUAGUUGAGGAAUAGUGGUGAUUCUGUGAGUUGUUGUGGUUGUGUGGUAAAUAUAUGUAGAGCACAACUGUGCAAUGAUAUAUAUACAAUCCCAACAUCCAUCCAAACGGACUCAACUUCGUGCCCGAGCUGAUACACACACACACACAUAUAUAUAUAUUUCAUAUGUUCAAGCACUUCUAGGCCCCAUAUAUAUAUACCUCGAUACUCCUCUCUCCCGCCAGCAUGUGCACUGUGACCGUAGUUCCAUACCAAGGCUGCCGAUGCAACGGUGUCACUGGGGUGUCUGUUAUCAUCCUCCAAGCGGAAGGGUGCGGUCCUUAGAUCUGGUGCGAGAGAUGUCGUUCUGUUCGCGAUAUCAUCCGAGACGGACUUUCAAUGAGCAUGGUGGGUAUCUGUGUUUGAUAUUGAACCUCCAUAAGAACGGGCGUAUGGCAAUGCAGCACGACUGCCACCAUUAUGCUCUUCCAAGCUCGACAUGGUAGACUAACCAGGUCGAUGAGCAUAUAAUGACUCCCAGAAAUUCUUGUAGCCCCAUCAAGUUAUCACCAUGGCAUGACUAUUCGACUGAGCAUUGUCGCUGAAGUUGUCUUGGAUAGACACAGGCCAGAGUAGCAUCCUCCCAAGAACAUUAUCCAGCAUGACAAUAAACCCCAGCGAAUCUGUCAGUGGACUAGAAUUUAAUCCUCAUCCCCACCGAACAAGGCACCAUCGCCCCCGGCAUACUCCUCUCAAUCGCAAAC